AUGUCUCCUCCAGCCGAGUCUACAAGGCUCUUGGGCACUCCUCCACCGUCUCUGGGGCCCAAUCCUUCUAAUAGUUCGACUCGCCGUGCCAGACCACCAUUACUUUCAGUGCCCAGUUCCCAGUCGGUCAGAUCGGUCCGUUCUGCUCGGAGCAUGGACCCUGUUAUAGCCGACUACCGCCUGUGUGAUGUUGAUCUGUUAAAUUUGGAAGCAUUGGAGGCCAAUAAGAACUUCAGCCGUUGGGCCUAUGUCAGCUACUACCUACCGAUUCUACGAUGGCUCCCCAAUUACAGUGCUAAGCAGAACUUGUUGGGAGAUACUUUGGCUGGGGCAACUAUGGCCAGUUUCCAGAUGCCAUUGGUGAUGUCAUUGGCAACCUCCUUGGCCAAAUUGCCGCCUUUGGUAGGCUUGUACUCGGUCGUGGGGGCUGCUACAGCGUAUGCUAUAUUUGGCGGAGUGCCAGUGUUAGUUGUUGGUCCGCUGCCGGGAACGGCCGUGUUGUACGGCCAGGUGAUAGACGAUAUCAUGCACUCAAACAAGGAGAUGGAAUUGACCAACUUAGAGGUGAGUGCUACGAUUUCGGUGGGGAUGUCGGCGAUCUUGUUGGCGUGUGGUUUGCUCAAAUGGGGGUUUCUAGAUAACAUAUUCCUGAGGGCUUUGCUCAAGGGCUUCAUUGGCGCCAUGGGUGUGGUGAUGAUCAUCAACCAGUUUGACAUCCAGAUGGGGCUCCAGGAUUUGGCUGCAAAAGAGCCUCACCAGUCCAUUGUGGAUAAGGUUGUGUUUGCGGUGAUAAAUGCCCUGGAGGCACAUAAACUCACGGUGGCUAUAACAGUGCUGACUUUGCUAAUUGUGCUCUUGGUUCGAAAGUUCAAGAACACUUUGGUGAAUCGCUACGGCAUCAAGCUGGCCGUCUAUAUCCCCGAGCUACUUGGCAUGGUGGUAGUGGCCACCAUUCUCUCCUACACGUUGGACUGGGAAAGCAAGGGCGUGGAGAUUGUGGGUGACUUGACCAGCACGAAAAAGAAGGACGUUGCAGCUGAGUCAGUGAUCAUCAAUCCCUUCAAGUUUUCCCGUUUCCCGUUGUUCAAGAAGGUGUUUCAGACAUCCUUUCUCUGUUCGAUCCUUGGCUUUUUCGACUCAACCACUGCCACCAAAGCUCUAGGAGCCCGUUAUAACUACAAUGUUUCUUCUAACAGAGAGCUCGUGGCGCUCGGAAUGGCUAACUUUGCCAUUACUAUGUUUGGCGGUCUACCUUCAUUUGGUGCUCUUGGCCGGUCCAAGGUGAACAUUCUAGCAGGAGCACUAACACCCAUGGCCACUCUGAUUAUGGCUGCUAUUGUCGUUAUCGCCAUUUGCUACUUACUACCGCUCUUGUACUUCCUACCUGAAUGUGUUCUUGCUUUGAGCACGACAAUUAUCGGCUUGACUGUGCUAGAGGAGGUACCUCAUGACGUAGCGUUCUUCUGGGACAUCGAUGGCUACGAUGAAAUUGUCUCCUUGUUGGUGGUUUUUGCAACAACCAUUUUCUGGAGCGUCGAGUCUGGCGUCAUUCUCGCAAUUAUCAUUGCAGUCGUCAGAAUCAUCAAAGCGGGCACUCAAUCUCGAAUCCACAUCCUAGGCCGAGUGCCCAACACUACAGUCUUCAGAAACGCAGACGAACUUAUUGAAGAAAGCUUCUUCACAUAUACAGAGGCCGAGCACCAGGACGACGCUACAUCCUCAGACAAUCUAGCCGAGUUGGUGGCGGAGAUCCAACAGAUCGAAGGUGUGCUCAUUAUCAAGAUCCCCGAACCACUCAACUUUGCCAAUCUGGGAGCAUUGCGGGGUCGCCUCAGCCGCAUCGAGAAGUUUGGAAGCCUUCUGGUGCACCCAUCUCAGCCGUCCGUGCGUGGCUUUGAAGAUGGUGCAAUCAAGUUUGUGAUCUUUGACUGCAAGGGAAUGACUAGCAUCGACGCCUCGGCUACACAAACACUUUGCGAGAUUGUUCGUAGAUACAGCGAGGUGAACAAUAUCUGUGUUUCAUUUGCCAGAGUUCCCACAAAUUCCCAGGUCCGCAACAGGUUUCGGCAGCUGGGCAUUGUGGGGAUCGUCAACUCCAACUACGAGCGGUACGUGAAAGGCAGGUCCACACCCCAGCUCAACGGAGCCAACAGCUCCACAUCUCUACGUACAUACACUGUUGCCAAACGCCUAGGCAACGGAUUUUUUCUCAGCAUCGAUGAGGCCCUCAAGGCUUUUGAUAUUGAGGGUGUCUAA